AUGAAUCAUAAUAAUUAUAAUCAAAAUAACAAUAAUAACAGAGCUAGAACAAUUGUACAUAAUGGUCAAAUCAAACAAAUCAAUAGCAAUAAACAAGAUGAUCUAGAUGAUGUAGAUGUUCAAUUUCAUUUUGCAUUUACAAAGGAUAAUAUAAUUAGUAAGUGUUACACUUGUACUGAUAUCUUCUUUGUCAUUGAAUUUGGUGCCUUUUUCUUUAUAUCAUCAUGUGCUGUAUUGAUGGUAAAGAAUUUGGGAAAGAGAGAAAAGGGCCAUCAAGGUAUACUUGGCUCAGUCAGUCGUCAACAAUUGGAAGGAGAAAUGGGUUUAAGAUACAAACCAGAGUAA